AUGUUCUGCACAACCGAAUCCACAGAUGGUACUGAUUCACUACAGUGCACAUCUGACCGCCAGUCGAUGGGGAGAUGCGGCAUUCAAACCUAUGAGAGGGACCUUGAGGGUCAGUUCCAAUACUUUUCUGACGCAAUGACAGGAGGUGAAAGGGCGUCCCAAAUGGAUUACUGCCCUUUUAUUACAGCAGAGUCAGGUUUCAGCUGCACCGAUGGGGAUCAGAGCCAAAUGCCUGGAAGUUUAAUUGCUGCCAACUCGCGCUGUGUACAGGGGGAGAAUCUGAUCGCUGACGAUACAGCUGUUGGUGCCGUGUGUGUGGAAGUGUCUUGCAAGUUCAAAGUGGUAAGUGUGCGGUACAGUGGAAACAUUGAGUGGCACAGUUGUUAUGAAGGGGAAACUCUAACUGUUAAUGGCGGUGCACUGCAGGGUAAAAUUGUGUGCCCCAAAUACGCUGAUGUGUGCAAUACACUCAACAGAAAGGUGGAUGAAUCACAAGGUCCACGAACACGAGCAGCGAUAAUGGGGGUUCGUGGUAAUGAUGGGAACACUGAUGGUAGUGUGACUGCUGCUAUUUUUGCGCCGCUUUUGUUCAUUUUCUUGGCCGUGUCUACGAUAAUGGCUCCAUGA